CGAAGCUUGGCAUCCGAUUGCGGUGCAUGAGUUAGUGUGUCGUCGAUCGCCAGUGUUUGUUUUUUACACAAGUGUUUUUUUUAUAGUCCUAAUCUCGCAAUUGAGAGUGAGUUUGUCAGGUUUUCUGAGUGGGUUUCCGGGUGACUGGAACGGAAGUUGCAGUAUAAGUUGGGUGUGAGUGUGAUUAAGUUAUGUGAUUAGCGGGGGAGCUUGAUUUAGAGUUUGGGUUCAAUUUGGGGUGUGGUGUGUGGAGCGCGGGGUGGGAAGUCAAUCGCAGAAGCUCAUGUGACUUUGAAGAAAUUUCUGAAUUUGGGUUUCCUGCUUUCGAAGUUGGGUUUGAGUUUCGUAUUGGAGGUUGCUGAUGAGGCGUGGGACGUGUUUGAGCUUGAUUUUGGCUGAUGUUAGGACAGCGCGAGUGUGUCGAAGUCAGACAAUGCAGGAGUUAGGACUUGAAUAUGCGUUUAAAAAAAUCUGAGAAGUCAUUUUAGGGUCGUAUUACCUGUGAAACGAGUUGCCAAUCUUUGGGAUACGUAUCUGAAUUUUUUGGUGAAGUGUUGCGCAAUUUACGUAACCCUCUGUGGACAAGUUAUGUGCAUAUGUUUGUUUGUAACCUACCCUGUCAGAACAAUUGUAACGUUUCAAUAGUGCUGGAACCCAUGUCGCGUCGCUCUAGCGCCCUAUGGCUUUAAGGUUUGUGAAAGGUAUGAGAUAUUGAAAUUGCAGCAGUCAAGAGCUUCUAAGCUUGGAUUGCUGGAGUCCUCCGCAAUUUUUUCUUUACAUAAACUCGUUUGAAGCUGUGUUUGCUGAAUAUCGCGCCCAUUUUGAUGAUGCUUGAAGCAGCGUAGAUUGUGCUGUGGUAGUAGAGUACGCAUGCGAAACUAUUCUCAACACGAGAAUCAAUCUUAUAAACUUCUGAGAACGAAUUCCUCAAUUCAACUCCGUAUCUCGGUGAAAGGAAGUUUGGAGAUGAAAUUAACGUUCAGGCGAAUUUUGAAAGAGAUUCUCGCCAUGGCGGACGAGAGCGUCGUUGUGCGAAGAGUUAUCCCAUCCGACAACAGCUGCCUAUUCAAUGCUGUUGGGUACGUCAUGGACAAGGACAAACACAAAGCAAAGGAGCUGCGGCAGGUUAUUGCAGCCACUGUGUUGAGCGAUCCGACAACGUAUUCUGAAGCGAUUCUAGGCAAACCCAACCAAGAGUAUGUUGAGUGGAUCUCUAACCCAGACAAGUGGGGAGGUGCAAUAGAGCUUGCGAUUCUCAGUGAUCAUUAUGGUCGUGAAAUCGCAGCUUAUGACAUCCAAACCAAACGGUGUGAUUUGUACGGCCAGGGAAAAGGCUAUAUCGAACGGGUGAUGCUGCUAUAUGAUGGUUUGCACUAUGAUGCUCUAGGUUUGGCACCGUUUCCAGGUGCACCUGAGGAAGUUGAUCAGACUAUCUUUUCGGUAGAUAAGAAUGGCAAUAUUGGCAGUGCUUCGCGUUUGGCUGAAAGGGUGGUAGAAGAAGCUCAUAGGGCACGCAAGUUUACUGAUACAGGGAACUUUACUUUACGGUGUGGCGUGUGUCAAAAAGGAGCGGUUGGUCAAGCGGAAGCAGUGGAGCAUGCAAAAGCCACUGGCCAUACCAACUUCCAAGAGUACAGCUAGACGGCAGCUUCUAUCUAGCAUUUUCUUUAGCUUUAAGGAUGGAGAACGGCCAAAAUGAUACCGUCUCGGCAGUUGUGUAUACCAAUUCUUGAAGAAAUGAACAAUUUGAAUGUUGCGUGUUUAUCCUUUAAUUAAGCUUGAGCUUUCCAUGUU